AGACAAUAGGUGCAGGGGUAGGCCAUUCGGCCCUUCGAGCCAGCAUCGCUAUUCACUGCAAUCAUGGCUGAUCAUCCACAAUCAGUACCCCAUUCCUGCCUUCUCCCCAUAUCCCUUGACUGCUCUUUAAGAGCUCUAUCCAACUCUCUCUUGAAAGCAUCCAGAGAAUUGGUUUCCCCCCACCCUCCAAAGACGUACAGGUUAAUUGGCUUGGUAUAAUUGUAAAUUGUCCCUAGCAUGUGUAGGGUAGUGUAAGUGCGCGUGGAUCGCUGGACCUGGCGGGUUCCAGAUAAGUAAACUCCAGAUGUUCCAGAUAAGUAAACUUGGAGAGAAAAGAGGAUUUAAAAUAUGCUUUGUUUCAAUUGCAGGAGGAACAGCCUCAAGGCAGAAAGGAUUUCUUGGCUGCAUCCGGUCCUUGCAAUUAAACGGAGUGACCCUUGACCUUGAGGAGAGGGCAAAAAUGACCCCAGGGGUGAAGCCCGGAUGCCCCGGACACUGCAGCAGCUACGGCAACCUGUGCCACAAUGGAGGGGGGUGUAUUGAGAAGUACAAUGGCUAUUCCUGUAACUGCAGCCACUCUGCCUAUAAUGGGCCAUUCUGCAAGAAAGAGGUGUCCGCGCUCUUGGAAGCUGGGACGACGGUGAUCUACAAUUUUCACGACGCGUACGGGAUUGCCCGAAACAUCAGCAGCCAUUUAUCUGCCAUCUACUCCGACCUGACGCUUUCCAGGGAGAAAAUCGUGUUCAGUUUCCGGACAACGCACAUCCCCAGCAUUCUACUUUACGUCAACUCCUACUAUCAGGAAUACAUGGCGGUGGUGCUGUGCAGCAACGGUGAGUGAAGGAAGCUGUUGAACAGUCCACUUGAGUUUGAGCUUGAGCUUAGCUUAUUGUCACGUGUGCCGAGGUGCAGUGAAAAGCUCCUUGCUGCCUGCUAUCCAGUCAGCAGGAAGACAACACAUGAUUUAGUCAGAGGGUGGUGAAUCUUCGGAAUUCAUUGCCACAGAAGUCCUAUUUCAUUACCUCGUUGUAACC